CAUUUGAUUCAGAUCAUCCUUCCUUCCUCUUCUCCUCAUUGAGAUGUGGAGAUACGUAUGGUCACUGCUCCUACUCUUCGUCGUGUGCAAAGAUACCAUCUUCAUGGCGAAGUCUGCGGCGAUUCUCCUUCCUAGUCAAACCGGAGUUGACGAUUCUGUAUGCUCCGCGCCGGAUCCGAGCCUGAACUACAAGCCGGUCAUCGGGAUUCUGACCCAUCCUGGAGACGGCGCGACGGGUAGGUUGAACAACGAUACGAACGCGUCGUACAUCGCAGCGUCGUAUGUGAAAUUGGCUGAAGCUGGUGGAGCUCGUGUGGUUCCUCUCAUCUAUAACGAACCCGAAGAGCUUCUCUUUCAGAAGCUUGAAUUGGUGAAUGGUGUGAUAUUCACUGGUGGCUGGGCUAAAAAAGGAUUGUAUUUUGAUGUGGUCAAAAAGAUCUUCACUAGAGCUUUGGAAAGAAAUGAUGGUGGAGAGCACUUUCCUGUAUAUGCCAUUUGCCUAGGAUUCGAGCUUCUUACAAUGAUCAUAAGCCAGAACACAGACAUUUUUGAAAAAGUUGAUGCUAAGAAUGCUGCAUCAAGUCUUCAGUUCGUUGAAAUUGUUAGCAUCCAAGGAACCGUGUUCCAAAGAUUCCCCCCAGAGUUGUUGAAAAAACUCACUACAGACUGUUUGGUUAUGCAGAACCAUCAGUUUGGUAUCUCGCCAGACAACUUUGAAGGCAAUAUUGCUCUGUCUCGUUUCUUUAAGAUCGUCACAACAUGCCUUGAUGGCAACCGCAAGGCUUAUGUUUCAACCGUUCAAUCGAAAACAUAUCCGGUAACCGGCUUCCAGUGGCAUCCUGAGAAAAAUGCAUUCGAGUGGGGAUCAUCCAAAAUUCCACACUCUGAGGACGCUGUCCACGUGACUCAGCUCAUUGCGAAUUAUCUAGUCGGUGAAGCUAGGAAGUCACAGAACAGACCAUCUCCUGAGAAAGUGCUGAGCAAUCUCAUUUAUAAUUACAAGCCUACGUACUGUGGAUACGAAGGGAGAGGUUACGACGAGGUUUACAUUUUCGCACAACAAAGAUCCCUUCUCUAAGAACAAACAUCCUCUCGUGUGAUUGUUCGAUUGAACCAGUGAUGCUUCUUCAACUCUGUUAGUAUCUGUGAACUUGUAACCUCAUGAUGUUUAUGGCUUGUAUUUGUGAAGUGUAUUCUUUACUUCAAAGGAAUGUUGAAAAACAACCUCACCAGCGUUCAGUGAGCUUGAUAUAUAACGAUGUUGGGCUUAAACGUUUUAUAUACCUAUGUGAUGGGCUCAAUAAAGCCCAACAAAGCUUGGUA